CUUCCACAUUGACCAAGCUUAAGAUACAAUGCUAGACGUUUCAGAUGAUAGCUUUUCGCAGCCGCCCAGAAGCACAGCAUCCAUCCUACUCUUAGUCCCAUUUGGGUUAAAAUCUAUCGCUACAGUAUGCGCUAUCGUCUAACGCAUGAUAAACCUCCAAAAAUACAAAAAGUCUCAUUCUACUCAUACCAUCGCCCCUGCGACCACUAUAAAAAGUGUUACUGUACCGGAUACCGAACACCAAGGCAGUGCUGCACUUGCGCUGACUCACGGCCACUUCGCCCAGACGGUCGCUACCCACGGUAUAUCGACGGCAUGGGAUGGGAGCGCGAUGCGCCGCGGUGGGCAGGCUAUUGUACGGGUUGUCAGAAAGCAGAGAAAGAGUACGAUAUACUUCGAUCAGCGAUCGUGCUUUGUGAACACUGGAGAAGAGGGUUCUGUAGCGGAUAUGGGGUUUGUUGUAUGUGUUUAGAUAUCCGGCCACAGUCUCACGACGGUCUCUAUCCGCUGUAUGUUGAUGGGCUUGGGUGGGUUUACGGUGCGACGAGGUGGCAGUUCUACUGCCAGGCAUGCAAGGAUGUACAUGAGAUGGAAGCCCAGGGGGGAAAAGAUACCUAGAUUCAUAGUUUCUAUGGCACAAAGCACACUGCC